AUUGAAACGGGAUAUUUGGAUCAUGUAAUUGAGGUGUUCGAUAAGCUCGGCUAUCAAAUCAUAUACAAUGGCUCCGACGCCGAAUGGGAUGUUCUCUGGUCUCAUGAAUAUCCGUUUGUCAGAAACUUUUUGCCUCAACUCAGACCGUAUCAAAGGGUGAAUAAAUUCCCGGGUUCUGGAUUUAUAACAAACAAGGUGAAUUUAGCCACUUCUCAACUCAAACAUAUUCCUCAAGCAUUCAGUUUGCCGACAGAGAAGGAACAGUUCCUCCAACACGCAAAAGAACAUCCGGAGAAGUUAUGGGUCCAAAAGGACAGUAAUCAUAGGGGUAUCCGAGUGUUGGACUUGCAAUCAUUGAAUUUGGAGGCUUCGGGUACUUUCGUUCAGGAAUACAUACAAAAACCUUUUCUAAUCGAUGGAAAAAAGUUUGACAUUGGAUUAUACGUGACAAUGACUUCCAUAAACCCAUUGCGAGUCUAUAUUCUGGACAACGAAGCUCUGCUCCGAUUCUGUGCCCGACCUUACCAUCCAUUCAAUAGCACUGAUUUAAAUUCAUAUGUUGUCGGCGAUGAUUACACACCAACAUGGCUGAUGCCUUCUCUUCGAAAAUAUUUCAUUGAUCUCAACCUAAAUAUGAAAGAAUCGUUUAACGCAUACCUGAGAUCUCUGGGAAAAGAUCCCAAUUUUGUUUGGAAACAAAUUGAAGAUUCAAUAAAAACCGUUUAUUAUGCAAAAGAAGAACAAAUGCUUCGUUUGACCGAUACUUUUGAGACGACGAGACACUUCUUCGAAAUGGUUCGCUUCGACUUCGCUUUAGAUGAAGACCUAAAUGUGUAUCUAAUGGAAGCCAAUAUGUCUCCCAACCUAUCGUCAGCCCAUUUCGCACCCAAUAAACUACUUUACGAACAAGUAAUAUUCAAUUUAUUAUCACUGGUAGGCGUCGCGCGAACUCUCGACACGAGAACGUGGACUAAUAGGAGUCCCGAUGACUACAAUAUGAUGGUUACGACCAAAGAGAUGUCAGUGAACGAAGAGCUGUGCGCUAACGCUGAAUGUCAUUUGUCGUGUAAAUCGAGUGAAUGCGAUGUCUGUUAUCAUUGUUUAAAAGAUGAGCAAAAACUUGUGCUAAAAGAUGCCGUUUUGGAGCAACACUCCAAAUGGAUGGCCAAACGUCUCAUCCCUUCGACAUCUGAU